UUCCUUCCGUAGCAGCCUGAGCACAAGUCACACUAGCAGUCGGUGCAGUUACAGGCAGACAUGAAGCAGUUUCCCGCAGGGGAUCUAGAGGGGCUGCAGCAGGUCGGCAGAGGGGGCUUCGGAACAGUUUAUAGAGGAUGGAGCCGGAGUCUGAAUAUGGAAGUUGCCCUGAAAACUUUUCAAAGAGCACAAAGUUUUAGCAUCAAUAAGCUAAUGAAAGACAUUCUGAAGGAAAGAGAAGUGAUGGAGAAAGCUAGCAACCCAUUUGUCAUUCUUCUUCUCGGUAUGUAUGAGAGACAGGAAGGAGAAGUUAGCGAACAUGGCCUUGUCAUGGAAUACGUGCCCAAUGGAAGCCUUCGCUCGUUGUUUGACACUAUGGAUGUUCCUUGGGCUCUGAGGUUUCAGAUGCUCCACCAAGUGGCCCUGGGAAUGAAUUACCUCCACACGCUUGAUCCUCCCAUCAUUCACAGGGACCUAAAGCCAAGCAAUGUUCUUUUGAAUAAGCACUUUGAUGUUAAGAUCACAGACUUUGGAUUAUCAAAAAUCGCUGGUGCAACAACCUCUGCAACUCCCUAUUUUGCUGGAACCCCAUCCUACAUGGCUCCAGAAGCUCUCACUGACCUUAAUUACAAACCCACCAUGGCCUUUGAUGUGUACAGCUUUGGCAUCAUGAUUUGGGCAGUCCUCUCUGGUGAAGAACCCUUCCCUAAUGCACAUCCAGCAUUGAUUCAGUUACACAUACCCAAUGGGCAGAGGCCUAGUCUGGAAGUGCUGGAUCACCUGAGCCACAUUAAAAUGGUGCCAGAAGCCAAAGAAUUAAUGAUAAAGUGCUGGAGUGGAAAUGCUGAUGCCAGGCCCAGCUUUCUUGAGUGCAGCCAUGCAACAAAACUCAUGUUUGAGUUGUACAGCAGUGAGAUAAAGGGUGCCAUUCGGACAAUGGAGGACCACACACAUCAGUUACAAAAUGAGACAUUAGAAGACCCAGGAUAUGACAGCACCUGUCAAGACAGUUCAUUAAAUCAAGUUAUAGCUGCAAUUAAAGGAGACUCCCAAGAAACAAGGCAGGACGAGCAACCCCAGGCAGUUGCAAUAUUUAAUGAAACUACAGAGAUUUUUCAGGAGGAACCAUCAGACAAAGGAAAGACACUUAGCAAUGCUAUAGAAGCCAUAAAGGAAUCUCAGGAUUACAAGCAUAUCAUAGAUUGUGCCACGGACAUUGGUAAGACAGUGGAAAAAGGUGGACAACAAGUUGGGAAAUUUUACAAUGACAAUAGAGGUGAAGUACAAAAAGUUGCAGAGCUUUGGAAACCCAUAAGGAAAUUUUUUAAGUAAGUCUUCUCCUUACCAAGUACCAGAAAGAUAAGCUUGCAGAUCAAGGUUGAUAGCUAUCUACAAAGUCAACAAAACUGGUUGGACGUAGCCUUAACCCCACAUUGCUUGUUCCCACAAUAAGACUCUGCAUACCCUCUAUGCUAUCUGCAAUAUUCAGGCACCAAAAUAAUAUGCAAGUAUAACACGACAAAAUCGAACAAAAUCACAAACAAAUGAUGAUAUUAGGAACUUGAACCUACUGGCUAUCUUAAGUAUGCAAGAAAAUGUUGUGGAGGAGAUAUACUCAACCCUACCAGAGAAAAAUGCAGGACAUAAACCAGAGAAGCAUUCCAACAAAACUUAGAGGGGAAUUUACAAAUGCACAGGUUUUGUUUUUUUUUUUUCAUCAAAACACAAUUUUGUCAUGAAAAAUAACCCACAAUUAUUUUUUCCGAAUGCAAAAAUAUGCCAUUUAAAACCUGUCGAGAUCAUGUAGCAGUCAAUGGCAACUGGAGGAUCUUUCUUUGCUUCGUGGUUUUGGAGGUGUUGGGGUUUUUCUUGACACUGGCUUUUGUACAACAACAUGAAAAAGUCACGGUUAUCAUUCAAAAGAUGAAAAAAUCCCAGUGUUUCUGAUUCUUUUUUCGUUCGUUCUUCUUCAAUUCAGAUCUUUUGAGAAGUGACUGACAAUUAUGGAAAUGAGUUUAGUAGUGGUUUAAAAAACUACAAAACCAUAAAGAUCUAAAGAAAAAAUAAAAAAUGGAGGGAUACCACCAUAUGCUUUGCUAUAAGAAAAUGUGCGGGUACGGGGAACUUAGUUACUUCCUUACAUAUUGUGUACUUAUGUGGACUGAUCCUGUCGAAAUAGGUUGAAUGGUCUCUGCCAAAUAGGCUAACCUGCAAGCGCAUUUGGGCAUACGAACCAUAGACUCUGAGUCACAUGUAGUGUCCAUGAAUGUCAAAUCUCUUCCCAAAAUUUGGAUGGCUGAAGAAUGUAGUUCUACUAGAACACUAGCACCUACCACAUGUAUACCUUCCAUUUUUAUGGAGCAAUAAAAGUCUCUGUGACCUCAGCCAUGAGAAGCAAAGAUCACCUUUACCAACCUAUAAUGUAAACUGCAUGAACAGUGAUAGGAUAACAAAGGCGGCUCCUAAAAUUCCCUAAUUUCAGCAUAUGCAUAUGGGGCACCUUACUCAUAACCGAAUAAUAAAUGAUAUUCAUGUCAAUUUGUACGCACUGCAA